AUGGCUACCCCUAGCGUUCUCGCCUUUGAUGCUGAGGGUCGGGCUGUUGAUUUUGAGGUCUCGGUCGAUGAUCUACAGCUUUUCCUUCAGUGCGAUAGGAAAGACGGUCUCUCACUGUUCGAUCUAACGUCUGGCGCCUCUUCUGCCCCUGCUGCCGAUCCUGACAGCACUGUUCACUCACAGUGGGCCACACGCGAUGCUGCUGCCCGUCUACCGUCCACUGAGCGCGCGCACUUUAGUCAGUACAAGAGUGCUAAGACCUUGUACGACGUCGUAGUUGCACGCUACUCUUCCCCUGCCACUGCUGCCCUUAGCCGCCUCAUUCUGCCGUACCUGUUCUCUGACCUCACCGCCUUUCCCACUAUCGCUGACCUCAUUACGCACCUUUGCACUAGUGACACCCGCUACCGCGCUGCGCUUCCUGCUGAGUUCUGCGCCAAGAACCCCCCCCCCAUGUACAUCACCCUCUACUACAAAGUCACCCGGCUCCCUGACUCCCUUCGCUCGGUCAGGGACCACUUCCUCUAUGUUUACCCCACCACACUCACCGUUGACCUCCUAGAGGAGCGCCUCCUGGCAGCUGAGAAGAGUAUAGUCGCUGUAGGAGCCUCUCGUGGUGACCCUCGUGCCCCCUUCUUUGACAGGUGCUCCCCCUCCCCCCUUUUGCCCUCUCUUGCCUCUGCUGCUGCCGUCGGCUUCGUUGGCACCGAGUCAGUCGGCGCUGUGUCUGCCCCUAGCGGGAGACGCCGCACUAGCAAGGGCAAGGGGGGCAAGGGAGCUGGAGGGGCUGGUGGGGGCGGUGGAGGUGGCGAUGGAGGCGGCGGAGGGAGUGGGGGUGGCGGUGGGAGUGGUGGCGCGGGUGGGGGCUUCGAUGGCGGCGGUGGAGGCGGAGGCGGCGGCGACGGUGGCGGUGGGAGCGGAGGAGGAGGCGGUGGCGGCGGUGGCGGAGGUGGCAGCGAUGGAGGUGGAGCUGGUCGGGGUGGCUCGGCGCAGCGGAGCGGCUUCGGUGGUGGUCAGCGCCAGCAGCAGCAGCGCACUCACCCGGGCAUUGACGCUACUUCUCUAGGUGCUGGUGAGGCUGCUGCUCUAGGUGCUAGUGCGUCUGCUGCCCUAGGUAAUGGUGAGUCUGCUCUCUCAGGUACCACGUCGGCUCAGGCCUUACACACCUUCACCCUUGACUCGAGUGCUUCCCGCUCCUUCUUUCGAGACCGCACCACGCUUACGCCGCUUAGUUGGCCAGUUGUGGUCUCCCUGGCGGACCCCUUUGGGGGUCCUGUCCUUGCUAGCUUCUCCACUGUCCUACCGUGUCCGGCGGCCCCCUCUGGCACCCUGUCCGGUCUCUACCUCCCCUCGUUCUCUACAAACUUGGUAGCUGCGUCGGGUCAGAUGUUUGGUGCGGCGUCCUCGUCUGCUCUUGAGUCUGCUCCCUGCUCGUGUCGUCUCGUGUCCCACCAGACUCUCCUCUGGCACCACCGCCUUGGUGACCCCUCCCUGCCUCGUCUCUGA